AUGCGUUAUCGCACCGAUAAGGACCGUGUUUACGUAGUGCUGUUCGUGGUAGUGUUGGCUUCAUUAGGAAUAAAUAUAGCCACUCUCGUGGAACUUCUAAACCAUGAUAAAAAUGCGGAGGUGAAACCGGUGGAAGUGGAACCAACCCAACCACCCCGACCGCCGAUUGUUCCCCCUGUGAAGGAAGAAUCAGCAAACAAGCUGAAUAUUCCGCAUCCGAAGGUAAUACAUGGUGGUCAUCAACACCAUUCCGGUUACAGAAAAGUUGUGGACUACAUCUAUGCUUCGCUGAACACCUCGGUUAAUCCAUGUGACGAUUUCUAUAUGUAUUCGUGCGGAAACUUCAAUUACGAGUCGGCUUUUGCAAUGGCUGCCAAAGAAAGUUUGAACGCAAAGCUCGAACAGAUCAAGGACAAGAAAUACAUAGAGAAAGCGCCAAAACCCGUGCAACAAAUGGCAUAUUUCUACAACAAGUGCGUUGAUGCAAGAAUGAAAUGGACGGAUACGGUGAAAGAUGCAUUUGUUAUUAUGCACGCAAUACGUCGUCUUCAUAGAGGAGAGGAAAAGUUCCAGAAGGAAACACAGUUCCCAUUUUACAUGCUCUAUCAAAAUGAACAGGACAAAGGAUUUCCAAACGACAUUGGCUUAGCGUAUUUACUAGGAAAACCUGCUUCUGUUGACUUCGUUGGGACUCUGCUGCCUCCUUACGUGGACACAAAUUGGAAGGAUCCUCUUGGAAAACGUGGUUACCUGCUAUAUUUCACUGAACCUCACACAAUGUUACCAGUAUCGUUCCAUACCAAGAUGUGGGACAGUGUGGAGGGACAAUUUAUCAAAGAAGUUGUGGAUUUCAUGACAUUACUGGCACGCACUCAGAAUAUAGAUCUCGAUAAGAAGCAGUUGUUGGAGGACGCAAAGGACAUUGUCAGAUUCGACCACCGGCUCGCCUUAGAAUUCCAACCUGACGAGGAAUCUGAUCGCGAAUACGAAAGUACAUUUAAUCCAAUGACAAUGAAUGAACUGUAUAAGGAAUAUCCAGAAAUCCAUUGGUUUAUGUAUACAGCUAAGGCAUGUGAAGUGUCACGACUUGCAAUUCAGUACAUACAUAGCACAAGUGAAUUUAAUUACAUCGUAUCACAACCGGCAAUUUUAAGGAAGCUCCUCAAUGCACUCAAGGAUCCUUCAUACUCAAAAGGAUUUGAACGCAGGCAAUUUGCAGACAGAGGUGAGGCGGAAAGAAGUUGCGUCGAAGAAGCAUAUUCCUUUUUCUCGCAUGCCGGUACUAGAGCCUACGUUGACAAGGCUUAUCCAACACAAGAGUCGCGGGACCUAGUACGGAAAGAAGUAGGGGAUAUGGCGAGUGGUGUUCUAGUCGGAUUCCGAUCAAUGAUCGACCAAUUGAAUUGGAUGUCACCGGCAUCAAAACAGGCUGCUUACAGCAAAAUCGACAACCUCGUGAAAAAUAUUGCUUUUCCGGAUUGGGUCACAGACGAUGAAAAGCUAAACAACUACUACAAGGAUUUAAACAUUAAUAUGGAUGGAGACCAAUACCUACCCAUGAUUAUGAAGAUUAAAAUAUUCGAGGGGACUAAAGGAGUGGACAUUUUACUGGAUCCAGUUGAUCGGGCUCAAUUCAGCGGAUCUGCAUCGACAAUCAAUGCAUGGUAUCAGCUUAUGCUCAAAAUAAAGCUGAAUCAACUUUUUUCAUGUCAUGAAUUGUCGCACGGAUUUGAUGACCGAGGAGUUCAGUGGGACGGUAUGGGUGCCCUAAGCGGUUGGAUGGACAAUCAGUCAAUGGCGGGAUUCGGCAAGAUGGCUAAAUGUGUAGUGGAUGAGUACAACGAUUUUUGCCCGCUUGACAUAUCCAAAUACGGAAAAGCAGGCUGUGUGAAUGGAAUUUUAACUCAGGGAGAGAACAUCGCGGACAAUGGAGGUAUACGCGCUGCAUUCCGUGCGUAUCGCAACAGCAUAAAUCUCAAGGGGCCGGAUCCACGCCUACCAGAUGAUCUGUUCCAUGGAUUUACACAUGACCAACUCUUCUUCUUAAGUUUUGCCAGGCUAUGGUGUCGCAAACCUGCACCCACUCAAGUCCAAUUAAACAGACUUCUGACUGAUCCACAUUCACCGGCUCCGUACCGUGUUCUAGGAACAUUGCAGAACUUCCCUGCCUUCAAAGAUGCAUUCAAUUGUCCUUCUUCGACAUACGCUCCGGAGAAACGAUGCAAUGUUUGGGUUUCAGAACACGAUAUAACACAUGGUAUCCCCGCUGUCAAGCCGGAGUUGAACAUACCGAAGCACUACAGUGUCACGCCGACUGAAAAAGAGAAGUACAAUGCGUAUAAGCUGGCAAUCGAUUUCUUCGAGAAAUCUGUCAACACCUCAGCUGAUCCAUGUGACGAUUUCUACAAAUACGCUUGUGGAAAAUAUGACAAACCGGUGUCGUUCCACUCUGCCAAUGCUAAAAAUCUCGUUACUAUGGCGGACCAAUUAAAAGAUCCGAAAUACCAGAAUACAAUCAAGGAAUCUACUGCGUUGACAAAGGAGAAAGCGUUCUUCGACGCAUGUGUUAAUGCAACGUCAGACAAAUAUUUCAACCAACAUCUUCUUGAAGAUGCAAAUUAUCUUAAACCGCGAGUGGAGGCGCUUGCUCGACUCCUUGGUGCCGAUUUCACGUACGCACUUGGCGGAGAAGUGCAAAACCUGCCGGAUAAAACACAGCUCGGCAACGCUCUUGGCUACUUGUCCUUCGAUCAGAACAUUCACACGCUUGUAUCGCCCUUAGUCGAUACUAAUUGGCAGGAACCAGAAAAGGGAUACAUGAUGUUCUUGGAUCAAAAUACCGCCUACAUGAGCAAAACAUUCUACCAUCCGGAUGCUUUCAAAACAGUCAAGGAGAACUAUGUGGAAACUGCCACCAGCGUCAUUCAAGCGUUCGUUCUAGUUCAGAAUCAAUUGCCCGAUAUAUUUCUCAAGGAUAAAGUAAGAGGAUUGGUGGAAUUUGAGCAGAUGAUAGCGAAUGACUACAGUACCGAUGAUGUCACACGACGAACCUUCGCACGGUCCUGGAACAAGAUGAGCAUUAGCGACCUCCAACAAAAAUACAAUUUCGUUGAUUGGAAUGCCUACAUGAGAAAGGUGCCCAACGUUGCUCAAGCAAAAGUUCAAGAUAAAAACUUCAAAGUUUCCGUUAUGGAGACGGAGCAGUACGAGAAGAUGAGCCGUGAUUAUGCGCGUUUCGACAAGGAGAAGCUAGUGAAUUACCUAUUCAUGCGUCUACUGCUCUCAAAUGCUCAAUACUUGCCGUCUUAUGCUGAAAUCAUGUCAAAAAUGCCGGAAGAAUCAUUUGUGCUUGGAAGGAGAAGACCCAGCAUUCGUUUCUCGAAAGCUGAAACUCCUAAGGAUGUCGAAUCGAAUUGCGUGAAGGUGGCUAACGAACUAAUGAUGUAUGCGAAUGGACGAGUUUUCAUCGAUUAUCUGUAUCCCAACGAACGAUCCAGAGAGAUCAUUAGAGAAAGUAUUGAUGCUGUGAUGCACAAUGUGAUAGAUGCAUUCCAAGGAAUGGUCACCCAACUGGACUGGAUGACUAAAGAGACAAAACUGAAAGCAAUCGAAAAAAGCGAAGGAAUCGUACGGAAUACAGCAUUCCCCGAUUGGAUUCUGAGCAACGUUGACCUGGAUAAAUACUACGAAAAUUUAGUCUUCGAUCCAUCUAAAGAAAACUUCUAUGACAUGUGGACGAAGCUUAUCUUGUUCAAUGUAAAUAUACAGUACAAGCAGCUUACCGCAGCUGCAGCUGAUCGAAAAGAUUUCAUUCUACCUCCUGGCAUUGUUAAUGCCUGGUACAUACCGGAAUUGAACUCGAUCACAUUCCCUGCUGGAAUUCUUCGUCCACCGUAUUUCCAUCCUGAUUGGCCGGCGUCUGUCAAAUACGGUGGAAUUGGUGUAGUAGCAGGUCAUGAAUUGAUCCACGGAUUCGAUGACCAUGGAGUUCAAUGGGGUCCCAAAGGUGAAUUGUCUAUUCCGCAGAAGCAGGGUAGCUUUGGUUGGAUGGAUGAGAAAUCAGCGGCCGGUUUCAACUGGAUGACACAAUGUGUUAUUAAUGAAUAUGAUCAAUUCUGUCCUCUUAGUGAGGUCUUUACGCCAAAUUGUGUGAACGGAAGGCAAACGCAGGGAGAAAACAUUGCAGACAAUGGAGGCAUUCGCGCUGCCUUCCGCGCCUACAGAAACUAUAUCGCACACAACGGGCCUGAUCCACUGCUUCCUGACCGGCUGUACAGCCAGUUCACUCAUGACCAGCUCUUCUUUUUGAGUUUCGCACAGGUAUGGUGCGAAAAGAGACGUGUGGAUGACAAGCUCUACCAACAGCUGAUGACUGACCCUCAUGCACCGGCAAUGUACCGAGUAUUCGGUACAUUACAGAACUAUCCAGCAUUCAGAACAGCUUUCAACUGUCCUCGUGAAACAAGAUAUUCACCAAAGGAACACUGCAAUGUUUGGGUACCAGAGCGCGUGCCGUAA